AAUCAAACUUCUGUCAAAGUCAAACUGACAUAAUUAUCUUAUCAAUGUCGUCCGCUUUUUCAGCCUGUUUAGUGUUUUUUUAGUAAAUCUAAUUAAAUGUAUUUUAAAAUUUCAAUAAAUAUUAUGUGAUAUGAUUUUAGUAAAAAAGUGUAUCAUAACUGCCCAGACUUAAAAUUAUAUGCACAAACAUUUUUUUGUAAAAGUGAAGAAUCUCGUAAGCGCAGUGCCAGUGCAAAUAUUUAUUUUCUUGUGCUGUUUAGUACUUACUUAUAAUAAUUUAAUCCCCAAAUUGGCGCGAAUUGAUCGACAUGUCCGAUACGAUCCAAGACGAAGGAGGGACGGCGACACGAAGUAAUUCACUUAAGAUAUCCCUACCCACGGUCCUUUGCACGGAAGCCCCCGAAAACCCUACCAUACCUGAUACAAAUUCCUUUGUGACUUCGGAAUCAAAGCUAUCACUAACCUCUUGUCUUGGAACGCCAACUUCACCAUUACGGUUGUCCUCACCAAAAUCUUUGCCAACGUCACCUAAGCCAUUCACAAAGGGCCUCCAAUCCCGCUCCAAUAUAUCCCUAGAUGAACCUUCAGAGAUAACGUCUGUUAACCAAACAGAUACCAUGAAUAAACCCAUCGUCAACACCGGCUCAGCUACUGGCAAUCCACGCAACAAAUGUGCGCUGCAACCUGGGCACAGUCUGAUGGACUGGAUACGGCUGGGCAACUCUGGGAAAGACCUCACCGGCGUGGGCGGCCGCAUCCGUCCUGUCACACCUGCGGAACUUGCUACACACAACACACAAAAGGACGCCUGGCUAGCGAUACGGGGAAGAGUCUAUAAUAUCUCUCAUUAUUUACCUUAUCAUCCUGGAGGGCCAGAAGAGCUUAUGCGCGGCGCUGGUAUCGACGCUACGGAAUUAUUCGAUAAAAUACAUCCAUGGGUCAAUUAUGAUUCGCUUCUAGCGAAAUGUUUAGUGGGACCUCUUCGGUUCGACAGGCCAGACGCUGAGGAGCUUUUCGAUAUCACCAAUCCAUCCCCUAAAUCCGACCGCCUACGGGAACCGUCUAAAGCACAAGAACUAGUGAGAAAAUCUAUGGAAAACCUAGCGAAUUGUAUAACACCGGUUAGAAAGAAAAUUACGGCCAAGAGCGAGGAAAACGUCAAAGGUAGUCCGCCUAGUAAAAUAAUGCAGAGUUUAAUACAGUCGAGUGAUUUGCCGGUUUCGAUAAGCCGGCGAGCGGGAUGGGGUCAAAUGGAAACCAAAGACAAGUCCAAAGACUUGCCGUCUCCGCUGCGCUUUGAUUGGAUUCAAACCUCGGCGAAGCUUACUAUCUCAAUAUACACAGGUCCUUUAGUAAAUCCGGGUGGAUCGGCGAGGAUCGCCGACGGUGUUCUCUUCGUAGAAGUGGCUACUAAUGGAUGGCUUAGGACGAUUAAGUUGGUACCUGAGGAGGCAUUAAAAGAACCUUUACAACUAAAAGUUUAUUCUGAAAGUGGGAAAAUAGAGGUUAUUGCGUUAAAGGCAGCGAGCAAAGUUUGGAAGAAUAUCGGGGAGACGACAUACGGGCCGGCGGUGCCUAUAUCAUCACCUCGGUUGGUGAACUGCCGAGUGAUGCAUGUUGAACGUGUCUCUCACGACACCACACUGCUUGCCUUGUGUCCGGAGACUGGGCCCGUUCUUGUACCUUUGGGACACCAUGUACGCGUUCACCAUAAAGUCAAUGAUAAGGAAUGCGUGCGCUCCUACACGCCAGUGGGCGACUAUUGGGAUCGCUUCGGGAGCGACUUGAGCGCGCUCAAACUGGCCGUGAAGAGAUACGACACGGGCGCUCUGUCGCCUCACCUCACCGACCUGAGAGCUGGGGAUGCUGUGACAUUGUCUGGGCCUUACGGGAACUUUCAGUUACAAAAGUUUAAACAAGUGAAAAUCAUUUACUUAAUAGCGGCAGGCACUGGCAUCACACCUAUGUUAGGAUUAAUCAAGUUCAUGCUCACUAGAUCGAACCCAAGAUGCGAGCGUGUGCAUUUACUAUUCUUUAACAAGACGGAGGAGGAUAUUCUCUUUAGAGAAAACUUUGAAGAAAUAGCGAAGCAAGACGAAAGGUUAAACACAAUCCACAUAUUGUCAAACCCCACCUCAUCGUGGACGGGAUACGAAGGUCGAAUUAACAGUGAAAUUCUUUCCAAAGUAAUUACCAAAGAAUCAGUUUCCACGGAAGAGAAACAACAUUUUGCAUGUGUGUGUGGCCCCACGGAGUUCACGCACACGGCUAUAGACUUGUUAAAAUCGCUUGGCGUUAAAGAGGACGAAGUGCACGCUUUCAUAGGAUAGACUGAAUUUAAAAAUUAAUAAAUAUUAAAUCUACAAUGAAUAAUCUGAAUCUGAAACUAUUCAGUAAGAUACACAUUAUAUGGUGAAAUUGUCGCAAAAACCACCAAGGCCGUAAGGAUUGCGUUUUCAGUACCGAAUUCAAAUGCAUCGCGAGUCGGCUGCAUCGGGAGCUUUAGUAAGUCACGUUAGCGUAGAUUUUUCUUGCCGUCUUACGCAUUUCAGCGGCGCGUUAGAUGCGGCCGACUCGUGCCAAAGUACCUACUAAAAAACGUGUUACGUACGCCUAUUGAUUAUCUAGUGGUAUGCGAUCAUCUUAAAUCGUAACGUACUCUAAUUUGAGCACAGGCUAAAGGAAAAUGACAGACGGAGCCCUCGGGAACCUCUUUGAAACGCGUGCCAAUGGUGGCGCGAAAGCUCGUGAACGCCCUGGAAAUAAAACACCUCCCCAUAUUGCGGAAAACCCCUCUGUAAAUAAUUUAUACAAGACCAUAGACCGUUUUCGGCUUAUAAAAACAUCCUACGGGUCAGAAUUCUAUCGGAUGUCCACGUCCGCUACUUACGUCCGAUAGUUUAGAUUGUAAUCAAACAGCGCUGGGGAAAGCAUUUGGGUUACUUCUUUUAAAUCAAACAAACUAAUCUGUGCGAUGUAAAUACUUACCUACAUUAUAUUUUAUGAGUUUUACUGUUAGUUGCAAUUUAUCUUAGCUCUAAUAAUAAUUCAGUGAUUGAGAAUUUAUAUUACCUACUAACUAAAGUAAGUUAUGUAAAUAUUAGUAAGUUUGAUCUAGAAUCUAAUUCAUAAAGUACUUAAAUGAAUGUACAAAAUAUAUAUCUACUUAGAUGUAAAUCAGUAUUUAAUUUUUAUCUAAAUUGAUGUUAAAACUAAAGACUAAAAAAACGUUACCUAACUAAAAUCAUAUUGUGAAGAUUUGAAUAAAACGGUCCAUAAAUGUAAAUUAUAAAAGGAUGUAAAAUAUACCUACCCUUAAUUUUUGCCUUUUCACAACCUUUUCAAAGAUGAUUUCGUGUCAUUGCUUUUUUUAUAUAAUAGGUAGGUAGGUACAUAAUUGUACUUAGGAUAUCUUAAACAAAUACCUACCUUCAAAUACAAUAGUCUUUUUACCGUGGGUAUUCACCAAAAACCCGACAAAAACAUUAAACAAUAUGUAGGUAAACGUUUGACCUCGUACCUAUUUAUGUGACGAAAGUCUGUUUUGUUUGCUUUACGUUCGCACUCAGUGAUAUUAGCACUACAGAGAAUCGGGUAAAUUCUUUGACAGAUUUCAAGAAAGCUAUGAAUUGUCAAACAAGACAAUGCAAACAUUAACAGAAACCACGUGUUUUCACGUGUUUUUAAGUAAGUACGUACCAAAAUUUUUCUUCAGUGCAAACUCACGGUUAUUGUAAGUAGGUAUAUGAAUAAAAAUAAUGCUGAAUAAUGAUGAUAUUGUAAAGAUGCGUAAUUUAGAUAAACCUGGCGUGAGUAAAGCUAUUCAGUAAUGAUGCAAUCAUCAUUUAUUAUCCUUAAUCCAAGAAUGUUGGGCUAAGAUCUAAGUAUAGAGCGUACCUACUUUGAUUUGGCUAAAGCUUUACUCUAAAAAGAGACAGAUUUAGGUCAGAAACAUAAAUCUUACUCGUUUGAACUGUAUUUUCCGAAAAAAAAAUUUGAUUCCAAACAAAGUCAAAGCUGAGAUCUAUAGAGUGACUUUGACUUUGCUUAGAGUCAAGUUUCAAUUAAAACGAGACAGAUUUAUGGUAGCGAUAUAGCCCUGAAUCGUUUUAACAGUCAGACUGAGCGAAGUCUAUGUAGUUGAAAUGUAUAUUUAACGUACUUAGUACUUAAGUAGGUACGUUAAAUAUAGAUUUCAACCUUAGAUCUCAGCCUUAGUCUAUACUUAAGAAAGCGACCGAUAGACAUCUGAAUGACCGAUUUUCCGUCUGUACUAGUACUACCUAUGAGUAAUAUGGGUACGUACCUAGUUAGGUAGGUAGGUAAUAAAACUAAUGAAUGUUAACUUAAUAAAUGUCCUUAAACUAGAACAUAAAAUCAAAGUGUGAUAAUAAAAUAGUUCAUUAAAUAGAUAAAAGAGAACAAAAAUAUGGUAAAUUAUAAGCUAUAGGUACAUAUUAAGUAUGUAAUUUUUUAUAGUAAAUGUGUCAUGUCUAAAAGCCGAUUCACACCAAAAACGUACAUGUGACACUUGCUUGUGACGCGCGUAAAUCCGUGGACAUAACUGCACGCAUUACGCCUACGCGAACGUUCACGCCACGCAAGCGGUAUGCCAUGUCUCAUACAGUUCCAUACAUUACAACGCAAUGGUACGCGCUACGUUUACGCUUACGCGAUGCAUACGCGGCCUGUGUGGCCGGCGCUUAAGUCACAAAGCGCGAGGCAUAGCACCAGCACAGCAAUACUAAGGAGAUCUAUAGAGCAUAGAUAGGUAAGCCUAUGACUUUGCUCAGACUUUAGUUUGAGUUAAAAUGGAACACAGUUAUGGCUCCGACAUAAAUCUGUCUCAUUUUAACUCUUAAGUAAAAUCUGAGCAAAGUCAAAGUAUGUCUAUAGAUUUCAGCCCAA